AUGUCAAACAUUUAUACGCAUAUUUAAUAAAUAGUGUAUCAUUCAUUAAAGAUUGAGAAGGCCUUGUACACUAAAUAUUCAUAAUAAAAAGUCAAAAAAUUUGAGGACUUUUUUUCAACAAAACCAGUUAAGUGGGUCAUAGAUUUCAAAGAUAACUUAAAUAUAAAGGAGAAUGAGGAGUAUUUAAAAAAGUAAUUCAAUUUAGUAAUAUGAAUAUAGAUAUUAUCCAAUUACAAUAUAAUCUAACAAAAUUAAACAAUUAGUAGAAUAUUAUAAAUAUCAUAAAGAUAUACCAAGAAUGUUUUUUGGAUUCCUUGCAGAUAUGGCUACUUAUUUUUAUGAGAAAAAAAAGUAAUAAUUCUUAUGAUAUUAGAAAAUAUGAAUAUAGAAGGAUUAAAAUAUAACUAGGAAUACCAUAUGAAUAAUCCAGUAUAAGUACAUGUAUUGAAUUUAAAGUAAUAAAAUAGAAUAUGAAAAAUUGAAUGAAGAUAUUCAAGUGUUGAAUAGUAUAACAAAAAUUAGUGAGAAAUCUGCAAAAUCUCUUCUUAGAUAAAUCAUUAAAUUCUAAAAGGAUGAUGAUUAUAUUGUAAUUACAUUAUUUAAUAUUUUAGAACAUAGAUGAAACAUGGUUAACAAUGCAAUAAUAAAUUUAAACAGAAAAAAAUAAUUAAAAAUAACUAACAAAAUUGCCAUCUUAGAAUUUGAAAUUAUUAAAAUAAUUAGUCAUAAGAAACAAUUAAAUAAAUAAAGAUAAAUUAUAAUUAAACUUACCAUUUCAUUUGAUUAAUGGAAAAGUCUUAAAAAAUAUUAGAAAUUCUUAAAAAUAAUCUCCUGAAUUGCCUCAUCCUUCAUAAAAAUCAUCAUCAUAAUAACAUAUUAAUAGUAGUUAAGAAGAAAAUGAAUUCUAAAAAUUCAUGAAAGCCAAGAUAAUAAAAUUAUCUUAAGAUAAUAAGAUUAAAAUUCAAAAAAUAAUAUCUAAUAAGAUUGAUUAAAACAAUCUUAAUACUAACUAAGCUAAACAUAGUAGUGCUCACUUUAUUACAAGUACUAGAAGUGUUUCAUCAGAAUAACUGAAAACAGAUUAAAUGCGUUUAAGUUAAAUUAUCAAUACUGGUGGAAAUAAUUAAAGUUAACCUAAAUUAUUUAAUUACAUUACACCAGUACAUAAAAAAUCUAAUUCACAGUAAUCAUUAUAAACAGAAUUCACACCAGCUAAAAAGGAUUCAAAAAUUAUUAAAAUUUACUCUAAUAAUUUUAGUAGCAAAAUAAAAACAUAACCUAAAAAGACUCCAGAAAAAUUAAGAUAAUUUUAUAAAGCAAGUGCUUUAACAUCUCAGAAUAGUUCUUAAAAGAAUCUUAUGAAAAAUCUCGACAAACUUUCCUCUUUUUAACAAUUUAAAAUUAUGUUAGAGAGUCCUCAUCCAAAAUAAAAAAAAAAAUUAUAAUUACAUAAUACAGAUACAAUUAGAUUAUAAACAGAAUAUAAAUAAACUACAAAGAGACAAUCUAUUACACUAACUCAUAAUAAAAUUAAUGGCAAAAUUGUGAUGAAAAAGUAAUGA